AUGUGCUGUUGGGUGCUCGUAGAGUGCUCGUCGGUGGACCACUCGAACGAGUCGGCGGAGAACACGCUGACGCGCUCGCACUGCGGCAUUGGGGUGGCGCUGCUGGCCAACACGGUGGUGGCGGACGACCCCAUGGCAUUUGAAGCCAUCGCCAAGCGGCUGCAGCAGGAGUGCGGCUGUGCGAGGGGCCGACCGUGCUACUGGAGCAGUGCCUCGACGUGGGGGUAUUCGACGACGGACCACCUGGACUACGCGCUGUGGGAGAACUGCAUGGUAAACAGUGUGCAGAUUGUGCCGUACCGAGUGUUCUGGUACCCGGGCAGCCCCACGUACUCCCCGAAGAGGGUGUCCUUUGCUCUGUAUGAGCUGCGGGAAGAUGGAGAGGUCGGCACGCUGGUCUACGAGUCCAUGGUGUUCAGUAUUGUGAAGGAUAUGCAGAUGCAAACGUUCACGCUACCGUCGCGGGUCUUCCUGUCCCGAGGAAUCCUGCGGCUGAACCUGUUCGACAGACAAGAGGACAUCGGUCUGGAUGUCGCCCGGUGGAUGCAGGAGAACAAUUUACCUCCGUACUAUACGUGCUUGAGUUAUGUAGGUGCCACGGGGCUCCUGGAGUCCACCGAGUAG